UUUCCCCCCAGGUAGGCUACAGUAUAAUGCGCUUGUGUAUAGCGCUUCAUAUGAAAGAGGAAGCACGGAAGUAAAUAUUUAUUACUAUUUCCUCAUAGACUCGGAUUUUCCCAGAUGAUGGAUACGACAGGUAUAAAUUCGUAAGCACUUCAGGAAAACCAUAACAGUCAGGCCCAACGCACCCUGAACACUGAACUUGAGCAUCUCUGCGGGUCACCCAAGUUUGAAAAUAAAGCUCGAAUUAUGUGGUCUCCGCUGUUUUUUGGAAUAGUUUUCUUCUUCUUGUCGGAGAACAUCGUGAAAGGAAAGAAUUUGGGAUGUUUCAGUGAAUGUGAACAUGGGUUCAAGAAGAUUCACAACAAGCUGCUUCACUCUCUGCAUGAUCACAAGCACGCGCGUCUGCCGCCCGUCCAUCAUAAGGCGGACUCCUGUGGAGAUUUCGCUCGGUCUUCAUCAGCACUCAAUGAUCGCUCACUGUCCCCCUGGCGGAUAAGAACUGUGGAAAAUGCAGACAUGUACCCCUCAAAAUACGAGGAAGCAGAGUGUUUGUGUGAAGGAUGCAUCAUUAACGGGGUUGAAAAUAGGACCUACAACUCUGUGCCUGUGAAGCAAACUCGUUUAUUCCUGAAGAAGGUUCCUUGCCCGUCUGACCCCAAAAAAUACUCCUUAGAGUAUAAACUUGUGUCAGUGACUGUAGCCUGUACCUGUGCAGUUCCUAAGCAGUAAGAGAGGAUGAUAGCUACUAUAUAGACCAAAACUGUAGAGACGUGUCUCAUGUACCAUUUCGUGUUUGUUUUAAAAUGCAAUUUUUGAUAAGGUACUUACAUUGUUUGAUAUGCUUAUAUAUAUAAGCUGAGAAGUUGCAUGUAUCACAUGGUUUAUUUUUUUAAGCAAACCAACAUAAUCUUUCUUGAAAGGAAGAUAUAUUGGUAUUACUGUAAAACACUACUUUAU